AGCAGAGAAAUACAUGUAAACUUACUUCCAGAACCACUGAAGAUUACUUUUCGUAUUUUGUUGAUCUUACAUGUAUUCUUCUUGAUUUUGAGGAGCACAUAAACCUUUAUCAUUUUAUUUUUCUUUAUUAUAUAAGUAUAUUAUUUUAAAAUUGCCUUUCUGUGGAUCCUCUACAGGACUAUACUAUACUCAGUUGACCAUUAAGGUUUUUGCCCUUUUGAAAAGGAAGUCUGCAGAUUAAUUAUGGAUAUAUCGACAGGGCAUGUAACGGAAACUCAAAAAGACCAAAAACAUGUAGAUACAAUUCUGUAUACCUGUUUUGACGUUUCAUAUAAGAAGAUGCGCGUUUAACCAAUGUGUUUUCAGAGAAUAUCAACAUGUGUUAUCUAUAAUGUUUUGACAUAUUCACUUAAAUGUAAGUGUCGUUUAAGCGCACACUGGAACAUACAAUAUUGAUCUGUCUGCGUUCACUCUUGAAAAACGGAUUUUGAUAUUUAUAUUUUUAUGUGAAUCAUUCAACUCGAAUAUAUCUUCCUUGAUGACUAAUGUGGAAUGGAGUGCAUCCACAUUCGCUAUACAUUAAAUAUUAGAAGACUGUAAUCCUCACGGUUUGAUUAUCUCUAGUAGUAAGAAAAAUUAAAAAUGAAACAUACAAAAAGGUUAACUAUAAUAUAUAGUAGGAUAUGCAUCUUUUUCACAUUAGUAUUCCUGUUUAGCUACACCAGGACGGAACUUUGCGGAAAUGACUGUUGCUCGGGUUUUACGUGGAAUCAGGGACUUACUAGCUGCAUACCCUGUAAUCACGGAUAUUAUGGACAAAAUUGUUCCUUUGCAUGUUCCUACCCACAGUUUGGAAAAGACUGUCGACAGAUUUGUAACUGUUCUCAAGAUGAAUGCAACUUUGAACAUGGUUGUAAAUUGUUACCCGAGGAUUGUGACAUCGGAUACACGGGACCCUACUGUGACAUUCCAUGCCGCUAUCCUGCAUAUGGGUACUCUUGUCAGAAAUCAUGCAAUUGUGAGGAAAGAUUUUGCAACGUUUCAUCUGGGUGUGAAGUUGGAUCUCCGACUUUUGAAUCACCAUCUCCAUCAUCAACUAAAACAGCAACGAUAACAAUGUUGUCAUCUAGUACAGAUUGUGAUAUUGGAUUUCUUGGGCCCCAGUGUAACAUCUCAUGCCGCUAUCCAUCCUAUGGAUAUUUAUGUCAGAGAUCAUGUAAUUGUGAACAGAUAUUUUGUCAUUUUUCCAAUGGAUGUGAAGCUGGAUCUCCAACUAUUGAACAACUAUCCCCAUCACAAACUGAAAAAUCAACGUUUACAAUGCUGACAUCUACUCCAGAUACCUUGGACGACAGUCAGUAUUUAUGCCAAAAUAACACUAGAUCCUACCUUUUGAUCACAGGAAAGAAAAAAAAAUUACUGAUUUUUGGCAUAACAUUUCUCAUGUCAUUAUCAGUUUUGUUACUGGUUGCAUACCUUUUCAUUACUAAGAAAGAACUAAGAAGGUGAUUAUUGAAUAGUUCAUACAAAAAAGAUGCAAGUAGAAAUUGGUUAUCAAAUUCACAAGAUCUCUUUUGUAAAGCUAUGUACAGGAAAUA